AUGCGGUCACUACUCGUAGGUGCAUCUGUGCUCCUGCUUGUGGCGUCCAAGGGAGCUAGCAAUGCUAUCCCGGACGCCACCAGCGCCCACGAGUUGGUUCAGCGCGACCAGAUCUAUCACGCCAAGAAUGGUAAUAACUUUGCCGCGGAGAGUGGUUUCGAUUAUCAUGGCGGAGACUACAAGACAAUCACAGCCAAUACUUUUUACGAAUGCAUCGAUGCUUGCGCGACUCAGCCUGCUUGCCGUGCUGUCUCAUUUUCUGGUAAAUCCUGCUACCUCAAGUCAUCGGUAAACGCCGCCACAGCCAACAACAAAAAAUCGUUAUAUCCCGCUGUUGUUGCUUCUGGAGUUGAUACAGCCGUGCUGAGUUCUUUAUUAAACACACCGGCGUUAUGCCCAGGCCCAAGCACCCAGCAAAUUAAAGAGCCAAGUGGAAGAAGCUUUACAAUUGCUUGCGAUACCGAUUAUCCGGGCGGCGACUUAACAAACAAGCUGCUUAAUAGCUUUGGUGAUUGUAUUGCUUGGUGUGAUGAGAUAACCGGUUGCCAGGCAGCUAUCUACCACGAUGGUAGAUGCUGGUUGAAGAAU